AUGUCAGCCAAAAAGCAAAGUGCAAUCACUUCGUUCUUCACUCGAACUCCAAAAGCUGAAAAUUUGGAGAAAAAUGAGACUGAAAAUCCCAAGAAACCUGCAUCAAAUACACCGCUGAAAAAACGAGUUGUGGAAAAUGUGAAGGAGAAGAAAAAUGGUAAGGAUUUGGGAAUUUCUGGGGAAAAUUUUAGAAAAAUUUGAAUAUUUUAAAUUUCAAGCUAGUGGGAAAAAACACUGCUUAACAUGAAAUUUGAGAAUUUCCAAUAAUUUUCCAACACGACAAAUAUACGUUUCAAAAAUCUUAUUAUUUUUUGAACAUUUUUCUAACAUUACUGGAAAAUCAACGAAAUCAAAUUGCGUUUCUAUAUUUUUAAAUUAAAGACACGUAGAAAACUAGAAAUCGUUCAAAAAUCAUUAUUUGCAUGUGUUUUAUCAUCCUUCAAAUAGUGGAAGUACAUAAAUAAAAUUUAAAAAUAUUGAGUUUAGCGAAAGUCAAAAAAAGAAAUUGCCUUUUUUGAAAUCGCUCAGCCGACGCGAAAUUUGGUGUUUGCACAAAUGUUCGUGAUUUGCCGCACAUGUGUGCAUUCUUAUGGGGUGAUUCAGUCGAAUUAAUCGACGUGAAUUUGUCAAUUAAUUGACAAAAAAUCCGAGUCUUUUAGGGCGAUUAAUUUCACGUUUUUGUCAAAUCUUCACUUUCAUUUCUUGGCAAAAAAUGCGAUUAAUUGCAUAAAAAUUCGAAUUUAUUUGACCUAUAUUUUAAAACGUGACCUAUAUGAGUUGGAAUUAUCAACAAAAAAUUGUCUUCUCUCAAUUUUCUUUCAUUUCGAAAUGAAUCCAAAAAUUAAGCAGUGAAUUUGGGACACGUUUCAAAAUAGAGGUCAAAUAAAUUCUAUUUCAUAUUGAAAUUCCUCAUUUUUGAAUGCAAUUAAUUGCAAAAAAAUAUGGAAUUAAUCGACAAAAACGUGAAAAAAUCGCACAAAAAUGACUCGGAUUUUCUGUCAAUUAAUCGUCAAAAAAACGAAUUGAAUCACCCCAUUAGCAUACCGUACCACCACUUUUUAUUUAUUUUUCCUUUUUCAAACGAACAACACACAACUUUGAAAAAAGACGCGCGUUCAAAUUUUUACGAUUACGAACACACAUUUCUAGUUUUCCACGUGUCUUUAAAAUGUGGUCAUUCUCAGAAAUUAUUGAUUAUGAAAAAAAAUGUGAAAUUUCAAAUACACCUCGGCCAAAAUCGUGGUUUCCAAAAUAAAAAAUUGUACGCUGAAUUUUUACAGUGUUAACUUUUUAGUUUUUGACCUCUAAAUACUGAAAUUCAGAUUUUUUCAAAAUUGUACUCUCGCCAGCCACUGAUUGGGCGAGGUGUGAUUCCAAAUUUUGAGCACCUGAAAAUUCCUAGAGUUCCAGAUUCAAAACAAAUCCUCAAACGAUCCAACUCUCAAACAAUACAAUCAGAAAGUGAUCCAGAUGUAGAAGAAAAAAGCUCAAGUCCUAUUCAAAAACCCGUCCAAAAAACACCAAAACGCUCAAAAGUUCAAUCAGAAAGUGAACCAGACGAAAAGAGUCCAAGCCCAAUCAAAAAAUCGAACCAAAGAACACCAAAACGUCAAAAAGUAGUUCUUUCUUCUUCAAGUUCUGAUGAUGAUUCGGAAAGCGAUGAUGAAGAUUUUGAAUUGGACGAGAAACAUCAGAAAGGCGGAAAAGGGGGAGAAGAUGAGAGUUUCGAUGAAAGUUCGACAGAUACUGGAGAUGAUAGUGAAGAUGAUUCGGAUGUUGAAAUGGGAUCAGAAGAAGAAGAAGGAAGUGGAAGUGAAGAAGAAUCUGAUAUCAGUGAAGUUUCACCAGUCAAUACGCCUGUUUUUAAAAGGGUGAGAACGGGAUUUAAGAGGAAAAUUACCAUUUUAGGUGGAAAAAUUAUGAUUUCUUACCUAAUUUUCUCAAAAUAUAGAUUAGAAAAUCUAGUUUUUGAGGGAGACAGUUGAAAUUUUGGUUGAAAAAUAAGUUUUUUGGCUUGAAAUAUCUGAAUGGAGGAUUUUGAUUCACAAAAUUUUUGAUUUUUACCUCAAUUUCUAGCGAAAAAAUUCAGCUAAGUUUCUUCCCCCAAAAAAUUCAAUUUUUCCAAUUUCAGAAACGCGCGGCCGCCAUUGCUGCACUUCCAAAUCGCCCAAAACCCACAUUGGAUUCUUUGCCACAAAUUGAAAUGGGCUCAGUUUCUCAGAAAAUGGAUGAGAUUUUGAGCAGCAAAAAACGAGCGGAUUCUUCUGCUAAAAAAAUGGAUGAAAAACAGUCAAAACAUGGCCAAGAUGAUGAAGAGGAAGAAAUUGAACGUUUUGAUCAUGAAAGUUUUGAAUUUAUCAAACCUGAAAAAAUUAAAGAUGCUGAAAAAAGAGGUAUAAAUGAUCCGGAUUAUGACCCAAAAACUUUAUGGGUCCCUCCUGGAUUUUUGGAAAAACAAACACCUGGACAUCGACAAUGGUGGCUUAUCAAAUCACAACAUUUUGACACGAUUAUUUUGUUCAAAGUUGGCAAGUUUUAUGAGACUUAUCAUAUGGAUGCGGUUGAAGUUGUGCGAACUUUGAAUAUUGCAUUUAUGCGCGGAAGUUAUGCGCAUGCUGGAUUUCCGGAACAUGCCGCAUCCAAGUUUGCUGAUCAAUUGAUGAGUCAUGGAUAUAAAGUGGCGAGAGUUGAGCAGACUGAAACACCGCAACAAUUAGAGGAAAGAAAUAGUGGAUUGGUGGGAGCGAAAAAGGAUAAAGUUGUCAAAAGGUGGGAGAAGAGAGAAGUGCUGACACUAGAUUCGGGAUAAACCAGGAAACUUGAACGGUUUACGUAAGUGUAAACCACAAGCUUCCGCGAAACGGUCAUGCUCUAAUAAUCCACGUGGCGACAAAUUUUUACCUAGAAAUUUUGAUUUGGUGAUAUUUCAAUGUUCUACUCCAGUAGAUUGUGGUUGAAUUUUAAUCAUAACUUUAAAACCAAAAAAUCCACACCGCUUGUACAUAUUUUCAUUCUAGAUUUAUCCCCCAAAUUUCACAUUUUUCAAAGUCCCAUCUCAUUUUUUUGUGUUUUUUCAGAGAAGUUUGCCGUGUCACAUGCAAUGCGACUCGAACCUACGGAAUUUUGGAUGGAGUUGACUUGGGAAGUUCGACAGAAGCACUUGAUCCAACUGCAAAAUAUUUGCUGGCAAUCAAGGAAGUUCAGGUAAUUAUUUAGCUGGAAAUUGGAAAAUUUAGAAAUUUUUGAAAGGAAAAUUAUGGGAACAAAUCUUUUAAAAAAAUUGAUUUUCCUGAAAACCAAACUCAAUGUUCUCUUCCAGAAUCCUGAAUCCGGAAAAUCAAUGUAUGGUGUUUGUUUGAUUGACACAACAACUGCACUAAUCAAAAUUGGCCAAUUUGAAGACGAUGAUUAUCGAUCGAAUUUGCGAACACUUUUAGCCAACCUAGUGAUUGUUCAAGUUUUGGUCGAGAAAAAUGCGAUUUCAACAAGCACAAAAUCGAUAUUGACGGGAAUUUUGUGCGCGGUUCCAAUUGAAUAUUUGUUGACCAAAAAACAAUUUUUGGGCGCCGAGGAUUUGGUGAAAAUUGUGAGUUUUUGGGAGAGGCUGAAAAUCUGAAAAAACACGCACAAAAAAUUGGAAUAAUUUUUUUAAAGAAAUUUGAAGCAUUUUAAAUUUAUAAAAUUCCAACCAAUAGAUUUUUGGAUUGAAUUUUCUAUAUAGCAUAACAGAAAACAAUUAAAAGAAAUAAAAAUCCGAAAAAUAUUCUUUCAGAUUUCUGGCGAAGAUUAUUAUGGUUCUGAAACCGCUACGUGGCCCGAAGUUUUACAAUCAAUGCUUGAUUCAACAAGUGUUCUUCCAAAACCCUCUUCAAAAUUUGCGUCCGUUUUCUCAGCGUUUGGUGCCAUUUUUUGGUAUCUUCGCGACAGUUUUAUCGAUGUUGAUAUGCUUUCGAUGAGAAAUUUUGAAAAAUAUGAAGUUUUUUGUGGAGAAAAUCAAAAGGAACUCCAAAAACCUGAGGAAUUCACUUGGAAAGAUAAACAUUUGAUCUUGGAUGGAACUGCUGUUGAAAAUCUCAAUAUUGUUCCGAAUUUGCGCGAUUCUCAACAAUCUUCGCUGUUUUAUGUCAUAAAUAAAUGCUCGACGAAUUUUGGGAGAAGAUUAUUAAGAAAUUGGUUGCUCUUACCGAUUUGUGAUCCAAAAAAAUUGCGGGAAAGACAGGAGGCUGUGAGAUUUUUGUGCCAACCCGAAGCGACUAAUUUUGUGGCCACAGCUGGAAGUGUUUUGAAAAAGAUUCCUGAUUUGGAGAGAUUGAUGCAAAAGUAAGAGAAAGAGAGAGGGUUUUUGGGAUUUUUAUCUUAAAAACAAGAGGAGAUUCAGCAAAUUCAACCAUUUUUUUUCAGAAUCCACACAAUUGGCCUAAAAUACCGUGCCGAAAAACACCCAGAUAGUCGAGCUGUUUUCUUCGAUACUCUCAAAACGAAUCAGCGGAAAAUUCAGGAAUUGUUGGCAACAAUUGAUGGAUUCAAAAUGUGCAAUCGAUUGAGAAAAGAAUAUUCGAAUAUUCAACAAGAAGGAGAAGGUUGUGAAUUUUUGGAUGAUUUAUUGGGAAAUGAAAAAGAUAUGAAAGAAGUUGAUGAGAAUAUUGAAUAUUUUGAGGUGAAUAUUUGAAGGGAAUCUGCCAAAAACCGCGUCUUCCUCAACCUCAUUACCUUUUUCCAGAAAAUGUUUGAUCGUUCAAAAGCAACUGAAACUGGCAAAAUUGUACCGAACAAAGGUUGCGAUGAUGAAUAUGAAAAUGCGGUGAAAAAUGUGCAAGAAGCCGAAGCAGAAAUCGAGGAAUAUAGAAGAACUGUCGAAAGAAAAUUCUCGUGCAAAAUAAAAUAUGUUUCAUCGGGAAAACUGAAAUAUCUCCUCGAAAUGCCUGAAAAUAUCAAAGUUCCGUCGAGUUAUGAGCUCAAAACCAGAAGAAAAGGUUUCAUUCGAUAUCUCAAUUCGGAUUUGGAGGGAUUUGUUGAGAAUUUGGACGAGGCUCAGAAAUUGCGAGCAAAACUUGCUGAUGAUGCGACAAGACGGGUUUUCGAGCAGUUUGGUGGCAAAAAUGAGAUUUGGGCAAAGACUUUGGAAAGUGUGGCGAAAUUUGAUGUUUUGGUUGGAUUGGCAUUGUUUUCCAAAUCAUCGCCAUUUAUCAUGUGUAUGCCGGAAUUUGAUUUUGAGCCCGAAACAAAGCCAUUUUUGAUUGUUGAGAAAGGAGUUCAUCCGUGUAUGGCAUUACAGGCGAGAAAUGAGGUGACCGGAACGACGAGUUUUAUUGGUGAGUGCGGAAAAAAUAAGGAGAAAGAGCGAAAUUUAUACAUUUUUGCAAAAAAUGAAUUGUUCAAAAUUUUAGACUGAGUUCUGGUCAAAAAUAUGAUCUACAGUAAGAGUUUUCGUGGCUUGAACCAAAUUAAACAUCAAAAUGUCCCUUUGAGUUUGCUUUUUUCGACUAAAAAUAGUGGUUUUGCUAUCAAAAUGUGCCACUUUGGGCCUGAAGCGAUCUACAGUAAUUUUCGCUCAAAAAUUUUAAAAAUUCAAUUUCAUUUUCAACUAGGGACUGUUAGCCCCCAGGCGUAACCGUCUUCUCAUUUGUUUCAGUUUUUCUGUGAUUAUUUUCAAUUUUCUGUGGGAAAUUGACUCGCAAUUGAAUUCAUUGAAAAUUACAAUCAAAUUUAUAGAAAAUUUUAAUUUUAUUGAUUUGUAAAACAAAAAUUAUUGAUUUGUAAAACUGGAAGAGCUUCCAGAUUUACAAAUUUUUGAACGAAAAAAAAGUUGAUCAAAAAAAUAGUAUUUUUUUGGAGAGUAUUCAAUAAAUGCUCACUAAAUGAAUUGCAAUCAUUUUAAGCCUUAAAUCUUGAAAUUUGGUUCGAAAAUGAUUCAUUUGUAAAACUGGAAGAGCUUCCAGAUUUACAAAUUUUUGAACGAAUUAUUAAAAAGGUAGAAAUCGGGAUUUUGAUAAAAAAGUGGAUUUAAUGCCAAAGAAUUAUCCAUGAAAUUUUACGUUUCAAAACUUGCUUGAUUUUUUUUCACAGCUCACAGUAGAGAUGUUACACAAUAAAUAUCGAUAAAAACUAAAAUUUUCUGAAAAAAUGUUUUCCAUGAAAAUCUCUCUUUUUUUCCAGCCAACAGUACAACAAUGGGAGAUUCGGAGGCGGCUGUGAUGUUAUUGACAGGUCCAAAUAUGGGUGGAAAAUCCACUUUGAUGAGACAAACUGCUGUGCUUUGUGUAUUAGCGCAUAUUGUGAGUUUUUGCGCUGAAAAUCGAUAUUUUUCUUCUCAAUAUCCACCUUAUAAUUAAUUCACUCCAAUUUUUUUAGGGUUCAAUGGUUCCUGCUUCUUCAAUGCGCCUCACACCAAUUGAUCGUAUUUUCACCCGAAUUGGUGCAAAUGAUCGAAUUAUGUGUGGUGAAUCGACGUUUUUCAUUGAAUUGAAAGAAACUGAUGUGAUGUUGAAGAAUGCCACCAAAAAAUCGUUGCUUUUGGUGGAUGAAUUGGGACGUGGAACGAGCACUUUUGAUGGAACUGCAAUUGCUUCAGCUGUUUUGGAAACUAUUUCUGAUGAUUUGGGAUGUCGCACAUUUUUUUCGACACAUUAUCAUUCGAUUUGUAAUCGAUUUUUGACACAUCCAAAUGUUCGAUUGGCGCAUAUGGUAAGGGUUUUUUGGAGAAUCUUUUGAAUACUGUCCUCGAAAAAUACUAUUUUUUUGAUCAACUUUUUUUUCGUUCAAAAAUUUGUAAAUCUGGAAGACCUUCCAGUUUUACAAAAUCCAUCAAUAUCGAGCCAAAUUUCAUGAUUUCAGUCUAAAGUUGAUUGAUUACAUUUUUUCUUGCAGAAAUGCGUUGUCGACGAAGAAAAUGAAGAGGAUCCAACCAUGGAAAAUGUCACAUUUUUAUAUGAAUUGGACUCUGGAAUCUGUCCAAAAUCAUAUGGUUUUUAUGCUGCAAAAUUGGCCGGAAUCAAUGUUGAAGUGGUCCGAAAUGCCUAUGAAGAAUCAAAUAAAUUUGUCUCGAAAAAUCCGAGUUUCAAAAUUCAAAAAUUGAUUGACUCGGCCAAAAAUGAACAAAUCACUGUGAAUGAGUUGCGCCAACUUGUUGAAGCUCUUUAA